AUGUGGUCCAAAUCCAUCCCCGCCCAAACUGGGAUCGCAUGGAUCACCUUACUCCUGGCAUCCGGCACCUCGGCCGCUGCCGUACCUAUCAGUCAGGCUGAGCAGGUCUCAGUCACACCCUCCUUUGUAGCUGAUCUCGCAGCGAACACCCACAUCUCUACCACGGCAGCUGAUGGCAAGGAGAUAUCUGUCCCGGUUGUGGGAGGCCCUGAGUGCUGGUUCUGCCCCGAGGAUGAUCAAAACAAGACCACCGGCGGAUGGGCUUUGCUGGGCAUCACCGGUGCAGGUACCUAUCGUCCUACUGCCGUCUCUGAGUUCUCCGAGUCGGUUCCUAUCAUCACUGUUUCAGAAGAUGGUGAUCCUACCUAUGUUCCUUCUAAGACGGCCAGCGACGCGCCGACGGAGGUCAAGCGGGCGUCGACGCCCACUAUGACUCACGAGACAUAUAAGGUCUUGGAGGAGGCUCUGAAAGCGACCCCAGUCGUGGGCGAUGGCUACGCCCUUAAGCUGAAAUCCGUCUUGACGAAAAUUCUCGGAUACAACUGGCCUGAUCACUACCUCCUGGUCACCGGCUAUGUUACCGAGGAACUGGGUGAGACCGGUAGCUACGACCUUAAAUUUGAGGCCAAUUGCUUUGAUAUUGCUCGUCGUGGUGAAGAUGGUAAGGAAAUUUACUUCAACAAGAGGUGUGGAGACGCUUCUACGGACUGGUACAAGCGAGAGAAGCCGUCCGAAUACGAGGUUCUGGGGAAGAUCAAGAAAGGGGUGACGAAGGAAAAGAUAGAUGAGUAUGGCGAAGAGAUUGCAAAGGAGAUGAACAAGAAGGGGUAUAAUACUUAUACUAACAACUGUCGGGACUUCGUUAAGAAGUUGUAUGCUAAGAUCAAGGCUUAA